GGGAGAGAGAGAGAGAGAGAGAGAGAGAGUGUGUGUGUGUGUGUCUUCGAUAGUGAUACCAAGACCUACCACCACUAGCUACUGCGAACGAGGCCCCAAAAACCAAAACCGGAUAUGCUCAUACGCUUCUCCUGUCCCGCUCGCGCUCUCUUUCUGUCUUCUCUUAUCUCCUUCUUGUUCUUGUUAUUCUUUCCAUUUCAUCUUACCUUUUCUUCUCUCUGAUCUAAUCUUUAUAACACACAAUGCUUUAAAUCUUUAUCCAAUAAAGAACCCUUCAAUUUCUUGGCUCUAAAACCUUUCUUUCUAUCUUCACUUCUUCACUUACUCAUACCAGAUAUAUUUAUUUAUUGAGAUAGAAAAGAGCUCUGAAAAUGGGGGUUGAUUUGAGGCAAGUUGUUGCUGGUAUACUCACUCUCACAAUGUUCGUGAUGCUUGGGAACAUGAUCAAGAGAGACCACUUUGAUUCUGUUGAAGAAAAAUUUCCGGGAGGAGCUGUGGAUGCUGAAUUUGAUAGUGGGAAGGUUAUGGAGCAGGGCCUUGUAACAUUUACAAAGAUGGGUAAUGGGCCUUGGAUGGAGGAUGGCCAACAGCUAAAACCGUGCUGGACAGAGUCAAAUUUUGAUCAGGUAGAGCAGUCCAAAGGGUUUGUCACUUUCUCAUUAACUAAUGGGCCAGAAUAUCAUAUCUCGCAGAUUGCUGAUGCAGUAGUGGUAGCAAGAUAUGUUGGAGCAACUCUUGUGAUUCCUGACAUUAGAGGAAACAAGCCAGGUGAUGAGAGGAAGUUUGAAGAAGUAUAUGAUGUUGAGAAAUUUGUGAAAAGCCUGGAUGGGGUAAUCAAAGUGGUCAAGGAUCUACCUGAUGAUAUAUCAAUUCGAGAUUUUGCUGUUGUCAAGGUCCCUAAUCGUGUUACAGAAGAUCACAUUGCAGAAUUAGUUGAACCAAUCUUUAGAACGAAGGGGAACAUAAGACUGGCUACUUACUUCCCCUCAGUAAAUAUGAGAAAGACCACACUAAAAAGUAACACUGAUUCAGUUGCGUGUUUAGCAAUGUUUGGAACUUUAGAGUUGCAGCCAGAGGUUAAUGAAGUUGUUGACUCCAUGAUCGAGCGGUUAAAAACCCUGAGUCGCAAGUCUGAUGGCCGGUUUAUAGCUGUGGACUUGAGAGUUGAGAUAUUGGAAAAGAAGAGUUGCCAUGGAAGUGGUGCUGGUGGAACAAAAACUUGUUAUGAUGCCAAGGAGAUAGCCCUCUUUUUAAGAAAGGUUGGAUUUGAUAAGGAUACGGUAAUCUACUUAACUCAGUCAAGGUGGGAUGACAGCCUUGAUGUUUUGAAGGAUAUAUUUCCAAAAACUUAUACAAAGGAAAGCAUCAUGCCUGAAGAUAAAAAGACAAAGUUCCUCGAAUCAGAAGAUUCAGAAUUUGAAAAAGUUAUUGACUUCUACAUCUGUUCUCAAAGUAAUGUCUUUGUACCAGCCAUAUCUGGCCUAUUCUAUGCCAAUGUAGCAGGUAAGAGAAUAGCUUCUGGCAAGACGCAAAUACUUGUUCCAGCAGACAUUCCAGGUUCCUCUGCGUCUGUCACCAAUCAUUUCUCCCCCUAUGUCUCAAAGAAGAACCACUUGGCCUAUUCAUGUGUUUGCUAGUAAUGUGUAAAAAAGGAAGGGAAAAAAGAAAAAAAAACUGAGAACAAAAAACGCACAACACCUUUAUUAUUUGAAGUCUUGAAUGAUGGUCUUACAUCACCUCAGUCAAUCUCUUCUAGUAAGCAGAUAGGUGAGUUCCAUCAUGCAAUCUUCAAUUUGUGUGUCAAAAACAAAGUUAAGCUGAUUUUUGAAGAUCAUUCUACAGUACAGGUAGCUUUGUGGACGGUAUAUAUAUAUAUAUAUAUUCAAGAAUGUUUUUGAUGCUUUGUAAGACCGAAGUAAAUUUGUUUACUUGCAAAAUUAGCUGGUAUUUGAUGACAUUGUUUAAUGGAUUAUUUGUUGACAUUUGA